AUGCCAUUGACGCCGUUUGCUUCCUCGCACUUCUAUCACGCUUCUGUCAAACAGUUUCAGCUUCAUUAUUUUAUCGUCAUCUUUCCUCGAUGCGAAGCAUCCGAAACCACGAUUUCUUGUGAUAGCCGUGAUAUUGCAUCUCAUGAAUCUUCUACGUUUAGCGAACAGGUUCUCGACGUUACGAGUGUUAACCGAUGCGUUGCAUCCGAUACUCAGAUUUCCUGUGAUUCCCCAAUGGACACUUCGGAGCCCAUUGGUGAAAAUUCUUCUUUGGCCGAGACCGAUCCCAUUCAGUCACCGGAAUCUAUUACAGGUGCUACAGCCGGUGACCCGCUCAUGGCCCAUCAGCCGACGACUCCGCCUGCGAAUCAGCCAGACGAAUCUCCCUCUCAGGAUCUUCAAGCGUCCGAUCUUCUCCAGUCGUCUAUGGAUUUCUCUCCCCCGGCGUCGUUACGGAAGGCUCGCAGCGCACAGGACCUCUCACCUCUGGCGGAGGAGCAGCCCUUAGCGAGCAUGACCGCCUCGAUGGAGCAGCUCAGCGUGGCGGCAUCCGUGCCACCCCCUUCCCAGGUUUCUUCUCGGGUCAGGGGCUUGCCACCCUCUCCAUCCGCCACCCCAGCUAAGGCUCAGCGAUCGUCUUCUGGUCACCGUAGAUCCUCGGUGACCCAGCCCCUACCUUCAAGUAGUAGGGCGGCUUCUUCCUCCUCGUCUCAUCGCGGCACCACUCGCGGUCGGGCGACCGCCGCCCCGAGGUCGGCAGCACGUACUUCCGCCCCACCCAACCCCCCUGCUCGUGGCGCACCUGCUGCCAGAGGCGCUGGCGGACGAGGUCACGGCGCUCCGCGGCGUGGCGGCCCCCUGCCGCAG